CGCGUGCAGUUUGGAGCACCUCGGCCAAGUAGCGUCUAGCGCUCGGUCCGUUCGCCUGCCGGGAGAGGGCGAGGCGCAGCUGCCUAGGCGAGCAGGGGCGUCUGGAAGAGCGUUGCUGGACUGCCCCGCGGAGCCCGAAGCGAUGCUCUGCUCGCUGAAGGGCUCCUACUCCAGCGGAGAAGGACACGAGCAUGUCCGCUGAGGAGCUUAACGUUACCACUUUGAAGGAUGCUCGGUUGAAAGACCUGCUUUUGCACCGAGCGGAACUAGAGUUUAUUCAGAUUAUCAUCAUCAUUGUGGUGAUAACUGUUAUGAUAGUAGUGAUCAUCUGCUUGCUGAAUCAUUAUAAAGUGUCAACACGGUCCUUCAUCAGUCGUCAGAGCCAAAGCAGGAGGCAAGAGGAAUCUUUGCAACCAGAAGGGUGUCUGUGGCCUUCUGACAACUCAUCUUCUCGACAGGGACCUUCAGAGAUUAUGUAUGCCCCACGGUCCAGGGACAGAUUUACUGCUCCAUCCUUUAUGCAGAGAGAACAUUUCAGUCGCUUCCAGCCAACUUAUCCAUAUGUGCAGCAUGAGAUUGACCUUCCUCCUACUAUCUCUCUUUCUGAUGGUGAAGAGCCUCCACCAUAUCAAGGGCCAUGCACGCUGCAGCUUCGGGAUCCAGAACAGCAGAUGGAACUCAAUAGAGAAUCCGUGAGAGCACCACCAAACAGGACUAUAUUUGACAGCGACUUGAUAGAUAUUUCAGUAUACAAUGCGGGCCCUUGCCCACCAAGCAGCAAUUCGGGAAUAAGUGCAACCAAUUAUAGCAGUAAUGGAAGGAUGGAAGGACCACCCCCAACUUACAGUGAGGUCAUGGGGCAUUAUCCAGGUUCCUCUUUUUUCCAUCACCAGCAAAGCAAUGCGCCUUCUUCAUCACAGAGGGGGAGCAGACUUCAAUUUCAGCAGAACAAUUCAGAGAGCACAAUAGUCCCUAUUGAAAGCAAAGACAGGAAACCAGGAAACUUUGUCUAGUUUCUUUUUCCAUGUGCACUUGAAGAGAGACGGGAGAAUCAAACAGGAGCAUAAUGGAAGCUUCUAUGCCCCUGUGCACAACUUUGUUAAAAGUUUCAUGUGACAUAAUUUAGUAAAACCAAACGUACAAAGCUGUUCUUUAUUUCCAAUUCUUUUAAGGGGAAUUGCAUGAAAAUUGUUUUGAAAUAAUUGCAACCUUCCAUUCAGUUUGGCCAUGAGCAGUGUUUUUUAAAAAUAUAUUAUUUUUUUAAUAAUGUAUUUGAAUUAUUUAAUUUUAAGAAGUAACUUAGGCACAGAAACAUGGCUUGAUUGGCCUAUUUUAUAGUGUUAAAGGCUAAAAGAAGAGAGUAAGAAAGGUUGUUAGAUAAAUGGGGGCAAAAUUGGCCAGUUUGCUUUCCCUCCCCUCUCCCAGAAUAUAUAAUUUCUUUUUUCCUGUCUCCACAUUUAUGUUGUGUGCCAAGUUUUUUUUAAAAAAACUAAAUGAAUACAAGGAGUUAAUUUGUGUUGUGAUACCAGUGUGUUAAAUUUGCACUAUCUUUAAUGUUUUAAAUAUAUGCGAGGGAACUGUUUCACAUAAGGUUCUUUUAAACAUUGUCUUUUCACCUGUAGAAAGAUUAUUACCCCUAGGACUUUACCCCGGCCUCUAUUGAUAAUCACCAUUUUGGGACAAAUAGAUUUAAAUAGGUCUCUUAUCAUUUUAUAUAACUAAGAAUAAAUGAUAGAAGACAUUUUAACACGUUACUGUUUGCAAUAAUUUUGCAUUCAAAUAGGGUAUCAGCAAAUUGACUUAGAAACUUAUAGAUGGAAGAAAACAAAUGUGAAAAUACAGAAGCACCUUUUCUAGGUGAUUUUAGCUAUAAGCCAUUUGUUUCACUAGAAGCAGAUUAAAAUGCCACAUUUACUUUUUUUGUAAUUACAUCUAUAUCUUAACUGCUUGUCACCCUUUUUUUACACAAUUCAGUGUCAGCAGUACUUAAAGCUUUUGCAAAUUUUUAUCUUCAGUGUAGCCCGUAAUAUAUUCAGUCAUAUAGCCUUACAUCAUACAAUAAAUGAUUUAAAAAGUACAACAUGGAUUCUGCUGUUAAAUUAUAUUUUUGUUGUGGUUUAAUAUUAGUUUUUGUGUUUUACUUCCUAAAGACAGUGGAUCUCUUUCUUCUCAGUCUGCAUUUCUUAACUGAUAAUGCGAAAAUAAUUGAUUGCAAAAUGCUACUAGGAACUGUUUCAGAAUAUUAAUCAGUUUUACAAUUAGUUAUUGUCAGCCUUCUGCAUCAAUCUGAUUUUAUAUCUAUUGAGCAAGCAAUCAUAUAAUGUUUAGGAUCCUCUUUUCUUAACUGAAAUUGUCAUCCUCUUGAAUGCCAUAUUAGGACUGCUCCAAUAUUUAGAAUUGGACUUUAAGGUAUUCUAGCAACUUUGAUCUGUUUGGGAAUCAUAUGUUGUUGGCUUUUAUGCUUGAUCUCUGUGUUUUAAGUAAAUUGAAAGAGUUUUGAAGGAAAUGGUUUUCAAUUCAAAAGCACACCUAAAGCACAACAGGCACUUCAAAUACGGUUACUAAAUGAACUUUAAAAGAAAACAAAAUAUAGAAUCUUAAUUCUGAUAUUCUGGGCAAAAUUGCAAUUGCACAGCAAAUUUCCUUCAAAGUUUCCUUUUUCUAUGGUUUUAUAGGCAAAAUUUUCCUAACUGAAAUAAUCUGACAAGUGCACCAACUGCACUAUAGUAAUGUACUGUACUUAUAUCUUUGUUCUGUUUGCAGAAGUUUUUCUCUUUCUGGAGGACUUCUAUUACCUGAAGUAAGUUAGACUGAAAUCUGGAAUCUGAACUGAGUUUCUGAUCUAUGCAGAGUUUUUAUGCCAAAAUAGCAUGUGUGGUGGAUGUGUGUUUUAGUUGCAUCUGUGUCUGGAUGCUUUCAUGAGUCUUAACGUGGCUCAUGAACUUGAUGACUAGCUUGAAGAACACCCUUAAAUAACCAUUCUGUUCUAAAGAUAGAAUCCUGUUUUUGUAGUUGGCUAGAAUCUGCUUGUGUACUGGUUAUGUAGCCAUGAUUUAGAAGCUGUUUUUCUGAUCUAUGUGAUCUUGGCUGAUUCACAUAUCUGUCAUGUGGUAACUGUAAACAUUUUGUGAUAAUUAUGUGAAACAGUCAUUACAAGUUGGCAUAUUCAGAGUUCUCAUUUUUGGUGAACACUGUUCCUUUCAAUGGAUGUUUUAAUAUUAUUUGGUAUUGCCCAUUUAAAGAUGUAAGACUGAAGUUCAGUGAAUCUAUUUUUGAAACCCUGAUUUCCAAAUGAAAUUUCUCUGAACUAAAACUCAGAAUGACAUGGUCAUAUACAUGACAUAUCUUAAAUACAACUUGGAUUUAGCCGAGAGGGCAAAAGAGCUAAAUGUGUUAAUACAGUUUAUAGCUAUAAAAUAAUUUUCAUUGUGUGAAUGGAUAAGUCAAACCUAGUUUUUUAAUUUGGAAGUUGCCAGUCUUAACUGGAAACUAUUGAAUAUUUAGAUGGGAAGUGGGUAUAGUAAUGAAACUGCUUGGAAUUGAAAUUUAUGUACUAUUUAUUCAAAAUGAUGUUUCAUAAAAAGUAAUUUUAUUUGAUGUUAAACCAGAUUUUAAUUUAAGCACUGACUUGUUCAAUUUUUAGAUUAUUACUAGAAAACUCCCUCAAGUUACUAAACUCUAUUUCCUUUAUUUUAUUCAAAUGUUUUAUUAUUUUGGUCCUGUUAUUGCUGAAAGCUCCAGAUAGCUCAUGUAUUAGGAUUCAAAAUGUGUUAUAAUGUGUAGGAACAGAUGCUUACUUUAGAAAUGAGCCUUUCCUUAUGCAACCUCUUGUAUAAUUCCUGGAGCUUGCUUUAAAUAAUGCUAUCCGGGAACAGUGCCACAACAAUCUCAGUAGGUUGAUUGGAUGGUUCUUUUAUUCUUUCUUCCUUUCUCUUUUUUGAAUCUGGCACCUCUGUAUAUUAAGAGGAUUAUCUUCUCUUA